UUUAGAAAUCCGACCAGACUUUGUAGGAGCCGCUCACACUUACCAGAGAUGCCAGUGUGCUGAGCGAGGCGACAGGACGCCAGCAACACGCAGAAUCCCCGCGACGGGGAGCGGCGCGCAGGAGAUGAGCACGCGUUCGACGUACGUGGUGAUGUAGACGCCGGCGGAGAUUUUAAAAUUCGAACUGCGCCGGUGGGUGGAGGGAGGAGUUGGGUGUUUUGGCGGCUGUUGUCCUGCCGGGUAGUAAGAAUGAAGCGCAGUUCAGUUUCCACCGGUGGUGCUGGCCGCCUCUCCAUGCAGGAUUUAAGGUCUCAGGAUUUCAAUAAACAAGGCCUCCAUACCCCUCAAACCAAAGAGAAACCAGCCUUUGGAAAGUUGAAUAUAAACAAACCCACAUCUGAAAGAAAAGCCUCUGUGUUUGGUAAAAGAACUAGUGGACAUGGAUCUCGGAAUAGUCAAUUUGGUAUAUUUUCCAGUUCUGAAAAAAUCAAGGACCCACGACCACUUAAUGACAAAGCAUUCAUUCAGCAGUGUAUUCGACAACUCUGUGAGUUUCUUACAGAAAAUGGUUAUGCAUAUAGUGUAUCCAUGAAAUCUCUACAAGCUCCUUCUGUUAAAGACUUCCUAAAGAUCUUCACUUUUCUUUAUGGCUUCCUGUGCCCUUCGUAUGAACUUCCUGACACAAAGUUUGAAGAAGAGGUUCCAAGAAUCUUUAAAGAUCUUGGGUAUCCUUUUGCAUUAUCCAAAAGCUCCAUGUAUACAGUGGGGGCCCCUCAUACAUGGCCACAUAUUGUGGCCGCCUUGGUUUGGCUCAUAGACUGCAUCAAGUUACAUAAUGCCAUGAAAGAAAGCUCACCUUUAUUUGAUGAUGGACAGCCUUGGGGAGAAGAAACUGAAGAUGGAAUUAUGCAUAAUAAGUUGUUUUUGGACUACACCAUAAAAUGCUAUGAGAGUUUCAUGACUGGUGCUGACAGUUUUGAAGAGAUGAAUGCAGAGUUGCAGUCAAAGUUGAAGGAUUUAUUUAAUGUUGAUGCUUCCAAGCUGGAAUCAUUAGCAGCAAAAAACAAAGCAUUGAAUGAACAGAUUGCAAGAUUGGAACAAGAAAGAGAAAAAGAACCGAAUCGUCUAGAGUCAUUGAGAAAAUUGAAAACUUCCUUACAAGCAGAUGUUCAAAAAUAUCAGGCAUACAUGAGCAAUUUGGAGUCUCAUUCAGCCAUUCUUGACCAGAAAUUGAAUGGGCUUGAUGAAGAAAUUUCUAGAGUAGAACUAGAAUAUGAAACAAUGAAACAGGAGAAUACUCGCCUACAGAAUAUUGUCGAUAACCAGAAGUACUCAGUUGCAGACAUCGAGAGAAUAAAUCAUGAAAGAAAUGAACUGCAGCAGACCAUUAAUAAACUAACCAAGGACCUGGAAGCUGAACAACAGCAGUUGUGGAAUGAAGAGCUAAAAUAUGCCAGAGGCAAAGAGGCGAUUGAAACACAGUUAUCAGAGUAUCACAAGUUGGCCAGAAAAUUAAAACUUAUCCCUAAGGGUGCUGAAAAUUCCAAAGGUUAUGACUUUGAAAUUAAGUUUAAUCCUGAAGCUGGAGCCAACUGCCUUGUCAAAUACAGAGCUCAAGUUUAUGUACCACUCAAGGAACUCUUGAACCAAACUGAAGAAGAAAUUAAUAAAGCUCUAAAUAAAAAAAUGGGGUUAGAGGAUACUUUAGAACAGUUAAAUACAAUGAUAACAGAAAGCAGGAGAGGUGUAAGAACUCUGAAAGAAGAAGUUCAAAAGCUGGAUGAUCUUUACCAACAAAAAGUUAAGGAAGCUGAAGAAGAGGACAAAAAAUGUGCCAGUGAGCUGGAGUCCUUGGAGAAACACAAACAUCUGCUGGAGAGUGCUGUUAACGAGGGCCUCAGUGAAGCUAUGAAUGAAUUAGACGCUAUUCAGAGAGAAUACCAACUAAUUGUGCAAACCACAACUGAAGAACGACGAAAAGUGGGAAAUAACUUGCAGCGUCUUUUAGAGAUGGUUGCCACACAUGUAGGGUCUGUGGAGAAAUAUCUUGAGGAGCAGAUUGCUAAAGUUGAUAGAGAGUAUGAAGAAUACGUGUCUGAAGAUCUCUUGGAAAAUAUUAGAGAGAUUGGAGACAAGUAUAAGAAGAAAGCUGCUCUAAUUAAGCCUUCUGAUGAAUGAAGAUAAAAUAUUGAUUAAGCAAGAACUUUAUUAACAGUGUAAAUUUUUAAAUGUCCUCUGUAGGUUUGAAAAAUCUCUAACAUAUCUUAUACCCCUCCCUACAAUGAAGUCUUAUGACCAUAUCUUCCCAAGCCUGUGAAAUAUUUUUAUAUCUUUUAUAAAUCUAGUUCAUUAAUUUAAAGUAUGUAUAACCUGAAAUUAUGAUAACUUGUUUUUUUGUUAUCUUUAGAUGUGAAAGACUAGUUAUAUUAUGUAUCCAGAGUUAAUAAAAUUAUAUCAACAAAGUGUGUUUUCCCCUGAUUUCUCAACCUAACUUCAGAUGGUUAGAAGAUAGUUAUUUUGAUCUAAACCAGGAAUCAGCAAACUGUGGGCCAAAUGCAGUCACAUCCAAUCAUUGAUAUAUCAUCUAUGACUGCUUUCACUCUAUAGUGGCAAUGUUUAUUAUAUGGGACAGAGACCAUAUGGCUGCAGAGCCAAAAAUGUGUACUAUCUGGCUCUUUACACAAAGUUUGCCAAUCCCUGGUAUAAGCUAUACAAAGGUUGGGGCUCUUUAAAAAAUGUAUUCCAACUCAUUCCUUAUUCAGAGCCAAGAAGCUAAAUUUCUUUCUGGCUUCAUGCCACCAUUACUCUGAAAUGAGCAGAAGAAUAUGGAAUGUGAAAAUCAGAAGAAAUAAUAAAAUAGUUCAAUCCCCUCAUUUUAGAGAUGAGAAUUCAUUUCUACAAAUGUUCUGAUUUACCUCUGGUCACACCUCUUUGUAGGGGUAGAAGUCACACAGGAACUUACUUGUAACAGUACACAAUCCUGACUGUGUACAGCCAGCCACAGGAGCUGUAAGAUAGGAAUUUUCUGGAUGGUGAGGAAGUCAUGUUAGAACGUAAGAUUAUUUGGUCUAAAUUGUUAGGAAGCUCCUCACAUUCAGCUGAUAUCUGCCCCUAGUUGAACUUUCUAUUCAAAGUUAUUACAACUCAUGCAAGUCAAAAUGAAGAGCAUGAUAAAAUGAAACAAUAUAAAAACCCAAAAUGGAAUUCCACCAAAGCUUUAUGAAAGAACAGCAUGCAGCCUGAGAGGGUGGGAUGAACAAAAACAGGUUAUAGUUAGGAGAUAAUAGGACAAGAUUAAUAGUUGCCAAUGUACUCACGAAUCUUGGCCAUUAACAUCCAACAGAACUUUCUUCAGUGAUGGAAAUAUUUUAUCUGCACUAUCCAGUAUGAUACCAGCCAUAUGUAUCUAUUGUGCAUUCAAAUGACCUCUGUUUAUGACAAAGACAACUCAGACUUUGCCCCUCAAAAGUGUGGUAUGGAAACAGCAGCAUUAGCAUCACCAGGGAGUUCGUGUUUUAGUUAAAAACACAGACUCUUGGCCCCACCCAAACCUACUGAAUCAGAAUCUGAACCUUUCAUAGUGUAUUGACAAACUAUACUUAUUUAAAUUUUUCGUAAGUUUUGACAUCCAUAUACACCUAUAAAAUCAUCACAAACUGAUGAAUAAUAUCCAUCACCACUAAAAGUUUCCUUGUGGCCCUUUGCAAUCUUGUCUCUUUCCCCUGACACUUGCCCAUCUAUCCCCAGGCACGCACUGAUCUCCUUUCUGUUAUUAUAGAUCAGUAGAAUAAUAUGUACGCUUGUAUGGCUUCUUUCAGAAUAUUUUGAGAUCCAAGAUUAUUUUGAGGUCCACAUUGCAUUGAAUAUCAGUAGCUCAUUCCUCUUUGCUGACUAGUGUUCAUUAU